AUGAUAAUCGUGCAGAUUAUUUACCAUCCAUUCAAUGUCAUACAACCUCUAUUUUAUUUUCUGUAAAAACAUGUAAAAAAUCAUUACAUUAAAUAGGUGUUAUAAAACUAGUUGGAGCAUUUUAACUAAAACAUAAGCACAUUUAUAUAUAUCAACAUUCCAAAAUAAGAAGCAUUUUUAAAACAAUGA